AUGUCUAGUGUCUUCGAUCUCUUCUCCCUUCAAGGCCGCACAGCUGUUGUCACAGGUGCGACACGAGGCAUCGGUCAAUCAUUGGCAAUAGCAUUGGCUGAAGCUGGAUCCGACAUCAUUUCUAUACAGCGAGACGAAAGCAAGCAGGAGACGAAGCGAGCGAUAGAGAGCCUUGGCCGGAAAGCCACCAUCUACGUUUGCGACUUGGCGUCUGCGAGCGAUGUUGCAGGUCUCACCAAACGCAUCCUUGACGACGGCCACGACAUUGAUAUCCUCGUGAACUGCGGAGGUAUUCAGAGACGGCAUCCCGCACAUCAAUUCCCGGACAGUGAGUGGAACGAGGUGCUACAAGUCAACUUGAACACAAUCUUCACGCUCUGUAGAGAUGUUGGAGCGUAUAUGCUUACCCGCAAUCCUGAAGGCCCGAAGGUUAACGGCGUCCCCCAUAGAGGCUCUAUCAUCAACAUCGCCUCUCUGGUCUCGUUCCAGGGUGGUCUGAAUGUGCCCGCAUAUGCGGCUGCGAAGGGUGGUGUUGCUCUGCUGACCAAGAGUCUAUCAAACCAAUGGGCAGCUCAAGGCAUCAAUGUCAAUGCGAUCGCGCCGGGAUACAUCGCAACAGACAUGAACGAAGCGUUGAUCAAGGAUGAAAAGCGGGCGGCGAGUAUCUUGGAGCGGAUCCCGGCUGGACGCUGGGGUGUGCCCGACGACUUCAAAGGCAGCAUCGUCUUCCUGGCAAGCCGUGCGAGUCGGUAUGUCUCUGGCGAGAUCCUGGUGGUUGAUGGAGGGUGA